UUUAGUAGGAAGAAGUGAAAGUACGAGCUGCUACAUUUUCUCGUUGUAGUGUCACUGGAAGUGUUAUCCAGCUCCGGGAUUAUAUUCAACACGAUGCCGUCCAGCACGAGUGACAGACAGUUCGGCGAUGCCAAAGCCGCUGCUGCUGAAAGAAGGAGAACGAACAAACCCAUAAUGGAGAAAAAGAGGCGUCAGAGAAUUAAUGACAGUUUAAAUCAACUCAAAAUUUUGGUCUUGGAAGCCCUCAAGAAAGAUCCCUCCAGAUACAACAAACUAGAGAAGGCGGACAUCCUUGAGAUGACAGUGAGACACGUCCAGAAUCUCCACCGCCAGCCGCAGCAUACCCCUGCCCCCUGCCACAACACCCCCGUCGACCCUGCUGCCAAAUACCUGGCAGGAUUCAGCCACUGCGUCUCGGAAGUGAACCAGUUCCUCGAGCGAGACACUUCCUUGACGGGAGGACAGCGAUCUCGCAUCCUACUCCACCUUUCGGAGUCACUGACUUCCAUCCGAGCGGGAGCCAGGCCAGCUUCCAGCCCAUCUCCUCAGCCUCAGCCUUCAUCAGAAGCCGCCCCCACAGCCUCUUCGCCACGAGCGAACACUCCCCUGGUCGAGGCGACUUACCACCGGCAUCAUCAGCAACAACACGUACCCCUGAGCGAUCCCUUAGUGAUGCGAGGGGUAUCCUUGGUACCCGCUGCUCAUCUCCUGACGGGUCAGAUGGCAUACAUUCUUCCUCACGGAGUUGUGUCAACAGCGGUUGCUAACACCGUGGCCACAUGCCCUCCUGCAGGAGAUUACCACCAGGUUCCUCUGUCUCCUCCCCCUAGUGUGCCAUCUCCGUCCCUUUCCUGUUCUUCCUCUCCGCCAGCCUCCCCCUGCAGGAGCCCAUCUCCACAGCCUCUGGAUCUUGCCCCCAUUCGCCAUCCCGAGGAUGACUGCUGCUGGCGCCCUUGGUGAGGCAAGAGAGAAGGGCAGAGAGAGAGAGAGAGAGAGAGACAGAGACAGAGAGAGAGAGAGAGAGGGUGCAAAGCUGCGAGGAGCGAAGAAAAAGAAGAAACCACUGAAAAAAAGUAUAUAUGUUCGAAGCAUCAGAUAGAUUCGAAGCCUGUAGGUCAUUAUGAAUAGGUUCCACUGAUGCCGUCAGUCCCUUGACCUAAAGAUGCUGUAGCCGAUUAGAUCUGUAGACAUUAGAGACAAAUUUAUCACCUUCCUUUUUAUGAUAGCUAUAUUUAAUAUAAUCCCCCGAAUCUUGCAGUCCUAAAACGAGUACAAAAAUUAAACGUCUACCACCGCAAAAGACAAAUUUUAUGCCAUAGAUUUUAUAUCGUAGUGUAGCGGCACAAACUGGGCAAUUACCAGAAAUAUGUCUGUGAUAUUUAUAGGAUUAGUCAUUCCAGUUGGAAAGAAUAGUACAAAUAACAAUAAAGAUUUCUAUUUCACCGUG